AUAUAGGGAUAGGAAAACAGGAAACAAGGUGAAUAAAAAAAUUUAGUUUCAAUCAGCUGCUCGUCAACGAACAACUCAGUGCGGCUAAAUAGUUCUCGCGGGGAAUCGUCGGAGUAUUAUGCAUAUCACAGCAUAAAAUUCGCAUGGUAUAUUCACACGGCAUUGGUCUUCGGCUCGACUGUGCAAAUGGAAGGCGAACACGUGGGACUAAAAGCGUAACCAGAGUAGAAGGUGGUGAGUAGUUCCGGUGGAAUUUUUGGGCCAAGUAUGAAAUAUUCAGAAGAGGAAACCCGGAGAACGGCAGAAAACAACCGGGAAACGUGGUUAGAGUUUUAGUGUUGAACUACGCGAAACGAGAUUCUGUCUCCGCUGGAUUUGAAUUAUCCAGGGAUUACAUCCCUCGGAGAAAUUAUCCUGCGGUUUCCAGUGACUUGAAGGACGUUGAAUAUUCGCAUAACGGUCUCUUUGCCGCGGAUAAUAUGCGGAGUGUAAGCGGAACGAUCGAUCCUCCAAAAAUCAACGGCUGGAUUCGUCCAAAAAGGCGUGGACAAGUCCGACAUAGACCAUUUGUUAAAAAGCUCAAACUCUACUGUGAAAAUUCAAGCUUGAACGGCUGCAAGUAUUUCACUGAACCGGGGCGACAUUGGCUUGAGAGAACAAUUUGGGUCUUUCUUUACACCAUGACGAUUUGUGGGGCGGCUUACGUCGUCUUUGAUGUAUACGCCGAUUACAAAAGGUCUCCAAUUAUAACAACCGAGGACAAUGAUCCGUAUCCCACAAGUAACGUUGCAUUUCCUGAAAUAAUCGUGACAUCAUCUAAGGAAGAUAUUUUUCAUACCUGCAUGAGAUCUGAUGAAAUUCGAUGCCUCGUAAGCAUGACCGAAGGUAAUGAAAUUUGGAAAUUUGCAGCGUUGGCCUUGUGUACUUUGAACCGAAUUAGUUACAAAUCUGCAAGCUCAUUAGCCGAAUCGAUUUUCAGAGCAAAUAUUUCAAACUCAUCGUCAGAAGAGAUUCUGGGGCUGCUCAGGUACUUGGGAAAUUUGUACGAUUACGACUACGUGUCAUUUGAAAAACAGCAUCAAGCUCUCCAUAAUAUGCUCAAGGUUUUUUACAACGGGGAGUAUGAUCCCAAUGAAAUAAUGAAAAAUUUAACGCCGAAGUGUCACGAGGUUAUUUUGGGCUGUACUUACCGAGGGAAGCAGAGGCCGUGUACGAAUCUUUUUACUUUUCGAAAAACCCAGGACGGCUACUGCUGCACAUUCAAUUACGUUCGUCAGAAUGACGAGUUUAUACCGGCAUCUGAUUACAACAAAACCGAAUAUCAAAGCAAAGUUUUACGAGCGAUAGCACCUGGAGUUGCUACUGGUCUAACUAUUUUGAUCGAACCAUUGCUUGACGAUUACUACUACACAAUACCACCAGGUAAAGGUUGGAAGAUAAUUAUAUUCAAUGCAGAAGAUUAUCCUGAUAAUCCAAGUGGCGGGGUAAUUGAACAAAUGAUAUCCCCGUCAACUGAAACGUAUUUAAGGCUAGAAGCGAUAGUGUUUUUUACACCUGAUGAAAUAAUCAGUUAUCCUGUACGAAAGCGGAAAUGCAUAUUUAAUACGGAGCUGCAAAAAUUAUUCACCGGAUACACGUACAGCGAUUGUAUCGUAAACUGUCGCGUUGACGAUAUAUGGGAGACGUGUAAUUGCCUGCCCUUUUUUUUCCCUAAGAGAGAUGGUCGUAGAACCUGUGAUAUGACUGACCUUCCGUGUUUGAACAGCAAUAAAUCGAAAUGGUGGGUCCUCUUUCCUCACGAAGUUCCUGACGACGAAACAAAUCUCAACAGUGAAAGGUACUACGGACCGAUGAAGUACGAGGCUGUCACAGGCAUCGACUGCAGCGAAUGUUAUCCAGACUGUAACGAUGUCCGUUACUUUGUUUCGAAUAGUGUCACCAGCCUGCCCACAGAAGCGGAUUUUCCCAACAACAUUACGAAUAACAGUAACUCGUCAGAUCGCAGCAUCAUCCACAUAUAUUUUGGCGAUGACUCUGUACCCAGAUUGAAGCAGGACAUCACAUAUUACUGGUACGAGCUGCUGAGUAACAUCGGUGGAAUUUGUGGUGUAUUCAUGGGAUUCAGUCUGAUAAGCAUACUCGAGCUGAUCUUCUUCCUCUUAGUUCCGGUAUUACCGACGAAGAAGGAAAGUGGGAACAAAAUUCAAGACGUCGCUCUCUAUUGGGAAGAACUGGGCUCGAUGAGGCGGUGGAGAAAACGAGCAGAAAAAAACUGCGGAUAGAUAUGUACAAUUAAAUCCAGACACGAUGCUUUGUGAUUCUCAACUUUCGAGGGAAUCGGAAAGUUUUCAACGAGCAAAGACGGGAUAGAAUUAAAACGGCGAAUAAUCACACCUACGUCAAUUUUUCAAGCAAAUUUAUUUUGAUCGCAUUGAUCGCUGGUUGACGUUAAAAAAAAAAUAUUAAUCAUCAAGAGAGGUAUUAAUAAUGCGGGUGAAUGAAAUUGGCAUUUUUUUUAACUCCCCUCACAAACUGUAGCUGAAAUUUGUGAGAAAAGGGCAAGGAUAAAAGAACGGCGACUAAAAAUGAAAAAAAAAAAAAAAAAAAUAACUUCAAACAAUUCGGUUUAAUUGUUGCUCAAGUAUCUCAAAUAAUUGAUUUUCAUUCGCAGACGUCGGUUCAGUUUUUCUGAAAUUUCGUUAAAAACUGAUGGCGUUAUCUCGCAGAAUUUUGAUACUUUUUUCUGUCCUAGUUUUCUGUGUUGAUGGUGGAUGCAACAAAAUUUUUCAAAC